AUGCGGUCCAAUCAUUUUUUGAUCCUUGUUCUCCUGUUUUCGUCGUUUUCGUUGUUUGUGCUCAAAGUUCAUGGUGAUUCGCCACAUAUUUUGCUGAUAGUCUUGGACGAUUUAGGAUGGAGUGAUGUUGGGUUUCAUGGUUCAACAAUCAACACUCCAAACAUGGAUAAACUUGCUUCUGAAGGCGUAAUACUGGAUAAUUACUAUGUACAACCAAUUUGCUCUCCAACCAGAGGUGCUCUCCUUUCCGGAAUGUACCCUAUACAUACAGGUAAAAAUGCGUAGCGCAAAUUUAGCAUUACUGCCAUUACUUGUACCGCUUUCUUAGCAUAGCUUGUUGUUUGUUGAAGUGUCAUCGCUGGGUACUCGCGAUUUGUUCUAACAGUUCCUAUGCCAUCGUUGAACUCAUUCCUCUGGUUUACGGAUAAUUCCUUUUCCGGGUAGGGGUAAAAAAACUUCAGUUCGGUCAGAGAAGAACUUGGUCAAUACCAAGCCUUCUUGACCUAACGCUUGGUCAUUAACUUUAUAAAACUGUUUUAAAGCGAAUAUUUUGAUUGAUUGUAGGUUUACAGAGUGGAAUUAUACGCUCUACGGAGCCAUAUGGACUUCCACUUAACAUCACCAUCUUACCGCAGAAACUCAAAGAAGCAGGUAAGGACAAACUGACUUCAACAACCUUGUGCUCACUAGCUCCAUUUACUCCCAAAUGCUUGGCGUACUCAAUCAAUGAAAAUCGAUAUCCAGACUGCGUUCAGUCUCUUAUUUCUGUUUUUUAAAGUCGCAGUAGAUGGACAGCACGAGUGAGAGGAAGAGCAGUUCUUUUUCCUCUCUCUACGCCCAAAUCUCCCCUACUUUUAAUCAUUUGUAAUUUGCCGGCCUUAUUUUACUUUCUCGCUCGCCCUUGGCUCUAAGGAAAGAAGGACGACCACUCCCGAUCUAAUCGAUAUCAAUCGUUUUGCAAGUUAAUGGUUAUUGAAUUGAACUGAGUGAAGUGCAAUUUGGUCUGUAUCUGAUCGGACGGACGCGCAGCGUGACUAAAAAAAAAAAAUUAGCGGAUGAGGUUUUUGUGAUAUCCGGAGUAAUCAAGGUUAUUCCUUGAUUAUUUAGGAUAUCACAAAAACCGAAUCUAAUAAUAGUUUUAUUAUACAUUGCUUCGAAGAAAAAACGAGAAACACACUGUCGCAAGGAUGAAUUGAUAUAAUUGUUAUUGGAAUUAGUCAGCUAUCUGCUAGCAGAAAACUAAUUAAUAAUCUGUUGUUACAUACGAAUGACAUGCGAAUAUAAGGGAAAAAAUGUUUUGCGCUACCUUGCGCUAAAUGGAAUGAUUCACUUAGUUUGCAUUUGAGACAUUAUUAAAAUUUGUUAUAAAUACAUCUUUGCAUGAUUUUUUAAAGUUACAUUUCUCAACAUUGUUUAAAAAGAUAGAAAAGGCAUUCAAAUGUUUCCGUAUGUUACUCACUUGACAAUCGUAUGCAUCCGUUAUCCUGCGUUGCAGCCGGCCCACGCACUCGUCUAAACCAUUUGUACAGUCAGUUUAUAGUCUAUAUAGAAGGUUUAGAGGGUCUGCGACGCAGGCUAGCAUCCGUAUCUUGCCUGCAUGUAUCCCUAUAUAACCCGUAAGUUUCUCGUAUGUAUUCACUUAGUAAAAGCGAAGUUAAGCUGUUUCAGGGUGUAACAAAUAUCGACGAAAUGGCUGAUGCUUUUCCGACCCGGGACCAUCUUUACGCAUGAACACAGGCAAUCACUGAUUUUAACUGGUAACUUGGGAACAAAUAUACAUUUGCCAAUUAAAUUUUAACAAUUACCAUUGAAGAGUGGGACCAAAGGAUCCCAUUUCUUGUUUGUAGGAUUUUUUGUAGAUACUUGUUUGUAGGAUUCAAUUUUAUACACUUGUUUUUACAUUUUUAGCUGAGGGGUCCUGUUGCAGGUUCUACAACCCGCCUAGAUGUACUGUCUUUGGGCUCCACUAAAAACUAUAUUUCAAAAGCUUUAAAAUGCACUCAUUUUUAUUUCAAAACAGGAUAUUCUACACAUAUGAUAGGAAAGUGGCAUCUGGGAUUCUGUAGCUGGUCAUACACUCCACUAAACCGUGGCUUCGAUUCAUUUUAUGGCAUAUACCUUGGCGCUGGAAAUCAUUACACACACGAGACAGCCGGAAUUCUUGAUCUACAUGAUAACGAAACGCCUGUAGAAAAUAAAGACGGAGUUUAUUCUACGUAUCUUUACGCUGAGGUUUGGAAUAACAAUAGAUUCUUAUUUAUUCUUAUUAUUUUUUCGUUUAGCUAUUUCACCUACCUGAUCAUACGGAGAAAAGAAAUGUAGUACUUUUUACCGCAAAAAAAUCUUCUGGAUCUUGACUGUUGACUGUCAUUUUUUUUGUGACAAAUGUAUGAGAGCUGCGGAAAUGAAAUCAAGUGAAGAAUGGUCCUCGCAGUUGUGAACGCACUUUAUGCAAUUGCGUAAGAGAAGCCCGAAAAAAAUUCACGACUUCAACGUGAUUUGUACCCAUGACCUGGCGAUACCGGUGCGACGCUCUAACCAACUAAGCUAUGAAGCUACUGAUGUUGGGAACAGGUCAUGUGUUCUGUAUCGCGAGGUCACGGGUUCAAAUCCCGUUGAAGUCCUGAAUUUUUUUGAGGCUUCUCUUACGCAAUUGCAUAAAUUGCGUUCACAACUGCCAGGAUCAUUCUUCACUUAACAAGAUAUUAUUGUUGAUUAGUCAGGAGAGGAAAACAUUAAGGAACAGGACAGGAAACAGUUCCAAUACAUGAAAGUUAAUAGAUAGAAUAAUAGAAUUUAAUAGAUAUGAAUACAUAUUUUAUCGUGACCUGGUCCCAACACAGUAAAGUGGAUGUCAAUUUCGAGCCUUUUUUAUUUGCAGCAAGCACAGAAGGUUAUUGAAUCCCACAAUGCCUCGACACCAUUGUUUUUAUAUCUACCAUUUCAAAGCGUCCAUAGUCCUCUGCAAGUUCCCACCGAGUACACGGAAAAGUACGAAAACAUCACAGAUGAUGACAGAAAAAUCUAUGCAGGAAUGGUUGAAAAUGUUGAUGAAGCAAUAGGAAAUAUAACAGAGGCCAUGAAGACAGCUGGGUUAGUAGAUAAUAAGUAGAGAUCUAGACCUGUCAAAUAAAAACAUCCAUUUAUUUGACAUCAAAAUUACAUUACGGCACCCAUAAGAAGUUGAAGUACCCAUUCGUAAUAAGCCCUUAGGGGUACGGAAGCAGAGGUGAUAAGUAAAUUCCAGGGGGAGAAACAAAAGGAAAUACGAUAUUAAUCCCCGGGGGAACCCUUUACUUGUAAUUCCGAUAAGGGGUGUAAAUCGCCAAAUGUUGGUAGCCUGCGUAGCAGGCGUCGAAAGGGGUAGGGGGUAGGGGAUAGGGGAUAGGGAGGAAGGGAAAAAGGGGAGGGGAUUGGGGAGAGGGGGAGGGGACGCCUGCUCUAAGAACCCCCUUUUGUUCAUAUCUGCGGACGCUGGCGUCCGCAAAUUCCUGAUUGGCUGAGCCGUAAUGAGUAACAUAUUGAAAUGCGCGUUUCACAAAUCAACAAACAGUCGAGAUGGCAGCGGUAGACGUGGAUGUCGUAGAGAGUGCUUUGAGAGAUGUGAAUUUAUCUAGUGGUAGAGAAACUGUUUUAAAACCAGAGCAAGAAUCAGCAGUAAGGGCUCUUUUAGCCGACAGAGAUGUUCUGGCGGUUUUGCGGACCGGAUACGGCAAGAGUUUAAUUUACCAAAUGUUUGUACGCGCGAAGAACUACGAGCUAAAUGGUAAUGCGGCGAUUCUCGUCAUUUCGCCACUGAAAAGUAUUAUCGAAGACCAGUUGCAGGAGAUGGAAUUGUUGGGCUACCCAGCGAAAGAUUUAGCCAAUUUAUCGAACGAUGACAUUCGCCGAUGUAACUUAGCAAUAAAAGAGGGUGGUUUUACCUCAUGCCAAAAUGCUGCUUAUUCCAAUAAAGUUGUUUUUAUCUGGGGUAGAUUAUGUUCUGGAAGGUUCUGCAUUUAUACUAACAAAAUGUUAUUUUAGCCCCAUGUUUCACACUGAGAGGUCAUGACAUACAUAUCGAUUGACUGUAGUUAUUGUUUUCUGGUCGGCAGGAUUUGCCCUCUGAUGCAAGCGCAAUUUCUUUGACCUCUUUUGAAGCGUAAAGUUUUUUUUAUUACGGCUGAAUAAGGGUUCCAAUUUUCUCCAAAGUGGCUUCUGGAUCUGAAUAACUAAGCGAAUUUCUUUAGUCCGUGAGUGUAAUGUUUUUCUCCAAUGGCGAGUGUAGCGACACUUGAUUGACAGUAAGCGUAAUCGGAUUACUAGAAAAUUGGUAGGCGUUAUGCAAAAACAUAGGCUCUUAGAGCAGGCGCUCCCUUCCCUUUUCCCUUUCUCCCUCCCCCCUCCCCCUCCCCUUUUUGCGCCUGCCACGCAGGCUAAAUGUUGGUCUCACUUUGGAAGUUUUUCAUUAAAAGCAAAUAUUUUUUACCCUCACAGAUACAACUUAGGUUUGUGCGGAACGAAAUCGCCACAUAAAAGUGAUAAAGAAACUAACUGCAAAAACCGUGGACGAAGAUCCCGCUGGUUGUAAACGUUGGAUCUCUAGAAAAAAGAUCUAAUCAGCUAAAAUAUCCAAAAAACUAGAAGUCCAAAGACCACUACAAAGCUGAUCAUAACAACGUGUUUUGUUUUUUUCGUAACAAUAUUUCGGCUGGCCAUACCAGCCUUCUUCAGGUUUACAGAUGUUACUGAAUUUAUGAUAGGAAUUACAAUACAGUGUAUUCAGUAUAUAGAUAGAAAUGUCGCAAUAACCAUUGUUGAAAAGGGAGAGGUGGAAAUGAAGUACAACAUAGAAAGAAAAGAAAAACUAAUAAGGAUAUGGAUUACAAUGAUUCGUCACGGCAGUUUAGGCCGUUAGUUUCAAGAGUCAUGGCCUUAUCUAUCCAAUGUGACUCCCUCGCCUUACGGACCGAGUCACGUGAAGAAUGAAUUUUCCUAAUGAGACUAACUGCAUGUCAGUGUAAGAAUGGUCAGAGUGAGAGAGAAGGUGUCGAGAAACAUCAGUGGGUUUAGAUUUAACGUUAGUUUUGUCGACUGGACGGCUGUGUUCGUUAAAUUUGUCCUUGAGGCAAAAGUGACCAAACUGUGUUGAACUCCCAUGAGGAGCCGCAUAAAGUCCCUAAGUCCCUUAAUUGACGGUUGCUAUGCUCAAUUUCCUGUUACAAUUUUACCUUCGAUCUCGUGCAUGUUAGCAGGAGACAGACUUGCUGUCAUCGAUAGUGAUUUUCACAGAGGCGAUGAAACAAUCUUAAAUUUCGCAACCGUCUGUUAAUAUGGUUAAAACAGUAGUAGCCGGGGUAAAUAUAGUCGAGUGCGGUCUUUGCAACUAUUCUUCGAAUCAGAUCAUCCCGAUCAAGCCAUCAUUGUAUGGAGUAUAUGUGAACUGAAUUCUUUUUCACCGUAUCGCGGUCGAGAAUUUCUGUGUUGAUUCGAAAUCCUUUCCCUUAGAAGCUGUUGGUAUUUGAAAGAAAAUUUUAACAGAUCGGACAGGUUAGGAGAGUUCAAAGUGACAUGGCCAGCCUUUCUUCGUCACAUUGGUUCAAAAGCGAGGCCAAUUCAGCCUUAGAUCAGUAGGUUUACCUUGCGACACAUUAAUUCUAGUUUUUUUAUGACUUGCUUAAUCGUAAGACGCCUUGAAGGUAAGGACAGUGUUCGAAUUUUUUCCUUUAGUUUAUUUAUUUCUGCCUCGAACAUAUCCGCGCUAAAACCUCCUAAAUGCCCGCCAAAUUUAAUGUAGCGCGCUCGGGAGUGAUCGAACAGUGUUUAGGGAGAAACAGGUCCAGCACACCUUCAACUGGAAAAAGUACCCUUAUAAAGAAGUCGAAAAGCGUUAUCAAUUUUGUGCUACAUUUUCUUGAUAAACAAUGGAAUGUGUUGAAAAUUAUAGACAUCCGUGUUUCAUAAUACAAGUACACACGUAGCGGCCAAAUUGCUAGAUAUUUGAUCUUUUUACAACUGUUUUGCUUGUUGCCUACGUUUAAAUGCUACAUCAUGAUCCAGUGCGAUUUAUACAGGGGAACCCAGCGAGGAUAUAGUUCAAAACCACUUAACAAAGCAUUGUUGAACGUAUUUUAGUAUUCAAACGGUAGAUAUAGGCAUAUUUUUAUCCCCUAAAAACUUUUCAUCUGUUCGGAUUUCCUAGCUGAAAGUCUAGUGAUCCGAAAAUUAUAGGGAUAAAAACUUACCUUCUCGAAAAUUUCAGCCAGGAAAAGGCUCCCGAAACUUCUAGGUGGCCUUUUUUAGGGUCAAAAUCCGUUAAAAAUGGGUAAUUAUACCAUUUUGUAGAUGUUCGAAAAUCCUAGCAGAGGCAGGCAAGCAAGAAAUUUUACAACAAAUACUCCGAAAAUUCUAGAUCUCAAAUCGUCCUCCGAACAGAUAUUUUCCCGAAAAUUGCCGUUGGGUGCCCCUGUUUAUAGUUGUCGCUACAUGCUCAGAUCUUUGUUUGAAUUGAUGCGAAAAUUAUCUUAUAGUCUAUAAGAAAUAAUAGUUAAAAUACUCGAUCUUAGCGCAACAAGGCAGUAAUUACUGCGUUUGCAUUGUUGCAUGCUUUCUCUACCUAUGAAAAUAAUAGUUUUCCUAGUAUAUCAGAUAGGCCAACUGACUCCCACUGGUAGCAAAUUGUGCAGCAAAACCAUAAAUAAGGGCUAUUCGAAGUAUAACCCUCAUGUAAAAACUUUUGAUUUUGAUCAACAAUGAAAUGAGCGACUAAAACGCGUUAAAAAUAAGACACGCUCGUGUUUCCCAUACCCCUACCGUCCUAAAUGUACUUCACAGAGAGGGGGUUGAGUGUUGCUCGUUAUUUGUAAGUCUCUGAAUCUUAGCAGCUUUCUUUUUCUUUUCUAUAAUUUUUACAGGGGAAUCGCAAUGAAUUUGAGUUGAUUGGUUGCAUCCAUCGCAGUUUCCCCUAUUUGUUUUUCAAAAAAACACCAUUGUACGAACGGUCUCUAUUAUUUUUCACGAAAAGAGAGCUUUAAUUCACCGAAAAACAGAUUCAUAAAAUGUACAUGGUUCAGGGUAUUUUGUACGUGCUUUUUAUGUUGGGUGUGUCGCCUGAUUAAAAGCGAGCGAUCGGGUGAGUCGCCUUCGCUUAGUGCAAGAAGACUUUGUAAAACUUGUACAUUAAAUGAAUCUUUCUGUAAAGAACGAGACGGCUUAGCAAGCUUGAAAAAUAGUUUUGGAAAACGUCUUGCCAAAUAUAUUUUUCUUUUGUUUGGGGAUUGGUAAAAUUGUAUUUCAACUAAACUCUGUAAAAUUCGCAAUUGAACUUAUUCUUCGGAUUCAAAACAAUGACCAAUGUUCUGUCUGCACGUGCUCUUUUUCGAUCUUUUGGGUGAGUCGCAAACAAAUAUUUAUCCCAAGUAUUAUACGAAACGUUACAAACAACAAAAAUGAACUUUGAAAAUCUGAUAUGCUAUCAAGUUUCCAAAAUCCACAAUUGCAGUCCGUUAAUAUUCAAGAAUAUCCAUUCUUAGCUCCUUUUGUGUUCGCCGGGUUAGUUGUACCUUUUUAUGUGUCACUUAGAUUAUUCGUUUUGCUUUACUUUCUGUUUAGUUUAUGGGACAACACUUUGUUGAUUGUGACUACUGAUAAUGGCGGGGCACCUGAUGAUGGUGGUUACAACUGGCCUCUUCGUGGUGAAAAAGGGAGCCUCUGGGAGGGAGGGGUCAGAGGAGUGGCUUUUGUUCAUGGAAAUAUGCUGCAGAGGACUGGAGUCACGUGCAAUGAGCUUUUUCACGUGACUGACUGGUACCCAACCCUCCUCUAUCUUGCAGGUUUGCCCCCAUUGAUUGUUACAAAUACUUAGAUCACGUCACUCCUUUAGAUCACUGAAGUGCUCUGUAAGAGUUGUUAAUUGUCCAUUUUUAAUUAGUAGAAAACCAAAACGCUAUUAACCUUGCUUCUUGUUCCUUGUAAGGCAUAGAAAAGGAUUCUGACAGUUCAGCGCUGGAUGGCUACAACAUAUGGUCCGCCAUUUCUGAAGGAGCCGCAUCAGAAAGAACAGAGAUUCUUCACUAUAUUGACGGAGACACUGCGGCAAUUCGUGUGGGCGACAUGAAGCUGUUGUUAAACGUAACCAAUAAAGACUGGUACAAACCGCCAGAGCUGUCCUCUGAAGCGAGGAAAACGAAAAAGGUAUUAACAAGAGAGCAUGAUGGAACAGAGAGGGAAACGCCCAGUCUACUGAGCCCUUGGGACUGAUGGGUAUUUCACCAAAAAUAUUUUUAGACCAAUUAAACGCUUGAAAUUAAUCGGAGGUUGGUUUUCAGAGAGGUCCGCAAACUUUUGAUCUGUGGUUUUAAGAGAAAACUCAACAGCCACCACUAAUAAUUCUGCAUUGUUUGAGGCAGUCACAUUGCUAUGGCACUCAUUUUGCUAUUUACUAGAAUGGUAUCUUCUAGGGGUGAAAUUAAGCUAAAGGCCAUGCUGGGUUUAAUCCCAAUUGCCCGAAGGGCCUCCCUGCCCGCUUUACAGGUCGGUCACCCCUUCCCCCCGCUUCCCCUCACGCAACUGGGUAUUCCGUACGAGACCAAUUGCGUUAUCCACUGGAUAGAGGUUUUUCCACUGCAAAGCAUUGUCCAUAAUUAAAUGAACUGUUGCCAUCCACGAAUUCUGAAGCAUACAAGAAGUCACCAAUGCCGUGCUGACGUGCUGAUUAACUGUUAUAUCCACUUUCCUUCUUUUAAUCCUACAAAAUUAAUUAUAAACAAACUAACGAGCUGCGAUUUGCUAUUUAAAAUCUUAUCAUCCAGUUUUAGUUAAAUGUUUAGUUGUAACACGGCAAGACACAUUGCUUCAUAUACAUAUUUUCUUUAGUCUUCUUACUGCCUUCCUUUGUUAUCCGCAGAGAUCUGGUGGCACAAUUAGAGUUGCACUUUACAAUAUCACCGCUGACCCAUAUGAAAGUCAAGACCUCAAAAGCACGUACCCAGCUUUGGUAAGGACGUUAAGAAGGAGAGUCACAUAUUACAAGACGGGCGAGGUACCUUCUGGGAAAGUUGACGCUGAUCCAAAAGCAAAGACACUGGCGCGCAAAAAUGGGUAUUGGGGCCCAUGGAUUGACUGAGAUUUGAAAUCUGAAAAAAUGAAAGUAUCUUCACGGAUAAAAUUUAUUGCAGACAGGGAUAAAUUAGCUUAGGUGAUUUUAUGGACGUUUAUCGACGUGCAAGAUAGCAACAGCUUUUAUUUCGAUUCGUUCCCUG